UGUUGUUAGUUACCUAUUAGGCGCUCAUUCACUCACACAGUGACACACACAGUCUCUCUCUCAUUCUUCUCUAUGAAACGCCAAAGGAGGAAAAUAAAAUAACACCCUUCACAACAAUGACCAGCUAGCUAACGCUCUUUCUCUCUCUCUCUCUCUCUCUCAUUACCUGGUUGGUAGUAAAUUGAUAAUGGUGGUUGAGGAGGUGAUGGAAUUUGUGUUUGAAUUGGGGAGAGAGAGAUAGAGUAAGUAACUAAUUAAUGUGAGCACCAAUUAUCAAGGAAAAGGAUAGAAACCAGAAAAAAAAAUGUUCAGGUUGCACAAGACCAGGCAUGCCAAAUCAGGAGAGAGAGUUGAUUUCAACUUCUCCAACUUUAAGGCCCUUCAGGUACCAAAAGGCUGGGACAAGUUGGUUGUAUCCAUUAUCUCUGUCGAAACUGGGAAAACAAUUGCAAAGUCAAGCAAAGCACUUGUACAUAAUGGAAGUUGUCAGUGGACGGAUUCUAUUUCAGAAACUAUAUGUUUUUCACAGGAUGACUCUUCAAAGGAGCUACAGGAUUGUUUCUUCAAGCUUGUUGUCUCCAUGGGUUCAGCUAGAUCUGGCAUCCUUGGAGAGGCUACAGUCAAUAUGACAGGCUAUAUGAGUUCACCUGCUCCUGUUCCAGUUUCACUAAGAUUGAAAAAGUGCAAUCAUGGGACAAUUUUACAAGUAAAAAUUCACUGCCUGUCACCAAGAACAAAACCCAGGGAUGAAGAAUCGAAAGAGACAAACUUCCAUUCUGAUCAAGAAUCAAACUUUCAUGAUCUGGACUCUAAGUCAGAAGGAUCUGAAAGUACAUUUGCAAGGAGUAUUGAAUCUUCCUCUAGUAAAGAUUUGGGCUCUACCGUGGACCCAGGAGAACCAGGGAGUAGGGGAACAAGUUUCUCUGCAUCAGGUUCACAUUACAGCUAUGAUUCAGCUGAGAGUUCCAUUGGGAAGGAGACGUUCUCCCCGAGAAACAACUUAAGUAGUGAUCGACACAGUCCCAUUGGAAGACAAGAAUCGAUCAGCUCCCAAAAUGGUGUGCCUUCUGGCAGCAAUCCAAGUAGUGAUCCUAUUCAAUCAAAUCAUUCGUCAUUUAGUUCAAGGCUAACGGGGUCAGGAAACCAGAAUAGUAGGCAAGAUUUUGAAACAUCGUCUUUGAAACCUGCUGGUUCUCCAAAAAACCUUACGGAGACUGCACAAGAUUCAGUUGGAGAGCUUCAUGCAGAGGCUAAGAUGUGGGAGAGGAAUGCCCGCAAGCUCAUGCUUGAUUUGGAUAUACUGAGGAAGGAAUUCUCUGAUCAGUCCAAAAACGAGGAAAAUUUGAAAAAGGAGCUUUCAACAGCAUUUUUAGAACGUGAUGAAUUAAGGAAAGAGGUUGAACAAUUGAAAUUGUCGCCGGAGAAGCCUAUGGCAAAACAAACAGUGACUGAGGAUUCAAAAUUUCAAGAUGACGGCCUAUCCCAUAUUGAAAAGGAACUGAAAGAUGAAUUAAAGUUUCAGAAAGAGUCCAAUGCCAAUUUGGCUCUGCAAUUGCAGAGGAGUCAAGCAUCAAACCUUGAGCUUGUUUCUGUUCUUCAGGAGCUGGAAGAGACCAUAGAAAAGCAGAAAAUUGAGAUGGAGAAUAUUUCGGCAUCACAAUCAAAAUUUGGUGAUAUUGAUAACUUCAUUGAAGUAAAUAUAGAGGAAAACAGAAAUUUAAUGCUCCAGCUGCAACAAUUGCAGGAAUCAGAGAAGAGUUUGCAAGUUAAGGUGCAUCUGCUGGAAGAGGCCUUGGGGGAUAAAAAUCAUCAUAUAGAGAACAAAGGGAGUCUGAACAACCAAACCCUUUUGGAAAUUGAGUCAGAACAAUACAAAGGAAAAUUAUAUGCUAUAGAAGAAGAAAUCAUCAGUUUAAAAGCAAAUUCAUCGGAGUCUCUCAAAGGUAGACAAUUUCCAGAAAUGGGGUCCUUAAAUGAUGGUGAUGUGAAUAUGAUCAGAGAAAUUCAACUAUUGAAAGAAAAAGUGCAGGAGCUAGAGAGGGAUUGCAAUGAGCUGACAGAUGAAAACCUAGAGCUUUUAUUCAAGCUUAAGGAAGCAACAAAGAAUUCCAUGGUAGGAGGCACUUCUUUUGAUCUUCCACCCCAUGAGCUGUUAAAUAACUCUUUUACUAGCAUUGAGUCUGAAGUGAGUGAACAUAAAUCCCAAACAAACUAUCUGGAAGAUAAGUUAAAGAGGAAAAGUCUGAGAGAGGCUGAAGAUAAUGAUGACAUUUCAACUCAAGAACUUGAGAGUUUGAAUGUGGAACUGGAAGUUAAAGUCACAGAACUGGGUAAGGAAUUGGCUGACAAAAUUUCUGAGAUUGAAAAACUUCAGUCUAAGCUGCGGUCUAAAGAACAGGAGAUUGGAGUUCUUAGACAGUGUCAAAGGGAAUUAGAGGCUAGUGUCUCUAAUCUUCAGAAGGAAAAAAUCCAGUUAGAGGAACAAAUGGAAGCUGUGCAAGUAGAAAGUGACAUCACAUCUAAAUGCUUGAGUGAUUUGCGAAAUGAUUUAAUGGCACUUAGCAGCAGCUUGGAUUCCCAUGUCUCUGCCAAUAAGUUUCUUGAAAGAAAAUCUUCAGAGCUAGAAAAUGGAAAACGUGAACUAGAGCUCUGUAUGUUGGAGCUUAAAGAAGAAAAUGGGCAGUUGUCAGUGCGCAUAUCUGAUUUGGAAGAAGAACUAAGAUAUUUGACUGAUGGGAGGGAGUCCAACCAAUUUGAGUUAGAGAAUUCCAAGGCUUAUGCUCAGAGUCUCGAAGAUGAGAUCACUAGAUUAAGAACUGAAAUAGAUUCUGAAAAGGUAUAUAUGAAAGAAAAGUUGCAGGAGAUGCAAAACCAGUGGUCAGAAGCUCAAGAAGAAAGUGAAUAUUUCAGAAGAGAAAAUUCAAAGUUAGAAGCUACAGCUGAGAGUUUCAUUGAAGAAUGCAGUACUCUUCAGAAAUCCAAUGGAGAGUUGAGGAAGCAAAAAGUGGAGCUGCACAACCAUUGUUCACGCUUGGAGGCAAAGUUGACGGCAUCACAAAGAAAUUUUGCAGAUUGCUCCAAAAGAGUUGAAAUGUUAGAAGAAAAUCUUUCUUCAACUUUGGAAGAAAUUGCCUCAAAAGAGAAAAGCCUUACUUCAGAAUUAGAUGCACUUUUUGAUGAAAACAGAAGAUACAAAGAAAAAAUUAUCAUGGGAGAAGGCUUAUUAAAUCAGAUGCAUUUGGAGAAAAAUGUUGAAGUUGAGAACCUUCAACGAGAGGUAGAACACCUAAUCAAGCAACUUUCUGAAAAGCAUGAAGAAAAAGAGAGAAUAGCUUCUGAUGCUGUGCUUGAAGUAUCCAGUUUAAGUGCAGAAAAAGCUAAUCUGAAAACUUCUCUUCAAGAAGCUCAAUCUAAGAUUCAAAUAAUUGAGAAUGAGCUUGAUAUCAUGCGGAUAGCAUCUGAAUCAAAGCUGCAAAGCCUGAUGGGUGAGCUUGCUGCUUCAAAACAAAACCAUGAAAUGCUGAUGGCUGACCAUGAAAAAGUGUUGAAUCUGCUAGAUAAUUACAAAUCAGAAGCAGCAAAAUUGAAAACGACUGUGAAUGGUCUUGAACAACAGCUUGCAGUUACUGAAAAUGAACAGCAACAACUUGUGGAAGAAUCUAAAAGUUUCAAGGUCCAGUUGCAGACAAUGGCACAUCUUAAUGAUGAAGUUUUGGUUUUUAAGAAUGAGCUUGAUGCAACUAAGUUUGAAAAGAAGAAACUGGAAACAUCAUUGCAUUUAAUGUCUGAGGAACAUGAAGAUUUGAAGGCAGAGAAUAAUUUACUUGUUGAGAAGAUCUCUGUGUUGCAGAAGGCUGUGUCUGAACUAGAGGACUGCAAACGUGCCAGAGUAAUAUUAGAAGAAAAGCUUCUGCAGAUGGAGAGCAAUCUAAUGGCAAAAGAGGCACUAUCUGUUCAGGAGACCGAACCAAAAAAUGAGCUCAGCCAUAUCAGGAAAGCAAACAGGCAAUAUCAGCGGAAGAUACAACUACUUGAGGAGGAGAAAGAUCAGUGUGUAACAAAAGUUCAAGCCCUUGAAGAAGAACUAAAGCUGAUGAAGGAAGGGAAGCAGAACCAGAGGGAGUCCAGCACUAUGAAGGUUCCUAGUUUGUCUAAAACCCAUGCUAAAGUUACUCCUGUCCAUGAAGAUAUGAAGCCCUCAAAGAAGAAUGAAGUGGUGAAGAACACUAGCCAGCAACGUGAUAAUAAAAAGAAGCAAUCCUUGAAGAAUGCUCAAGUACAAGAACUUGUAAAAGAUCAUCAGAAGCUUUGUAGCAACCAAUAUCAAAGAGAGGAUGGUAGUGGCAAUGAGAUUCUUGAUGAAAGUCCUCUUGCUGUUGGAGUCGAUCCUGCUUCAAAGAUUCAGUUGCUUGAGCAUGAACUUGCCAAGGCUAUGGAAGCAAAUAACAAAUAUAAAGCUGAGCAUGACAGGUUGUCUAAAAGCCGAAACAACCAUGCACACUCUCCUAAAAAAUCGAUAGCAGAAGAUGACAUAGUGGCAAAAGAAAGUAAUGGACGCACAAAAUCAUCACUAGAGGCAGAGUUAAUAGACAUUCGCGAGCGAUACCUCCACAUGAGCCUCAGAUACGCUGAGGUAGAAGCUCAGCGUGAGGAACUUGUGAUGAAGCUCAGGGCAAGCAAAAAUGUAAAAAGAUGGUUUUCAUGAACUCAAGACCAUAAAUAAGCAAUUUCUUGUACUUUUUCAGUCUCCCCAAUUCAGGUAGCUUGUUCCACGAAUUUUUGAAGUAUAUAAGAUUUCUCAAUCUUUUACGUAUAUUCCAGAGUGUGAGUUAUUGUAAAGAAGAAUAAUACACCCCUAGCCCAAGUUUGUAAAUGAAGGAACAAUUGAGGCUGACAGGAUUAUAGAGACGUAAAAGAAAUAAAACAAAAUGGUUUUCUUUUUUCC